AUGCCUACAGUACCUAAAAACGAUUCAGCAGCCGCCAAGCGAGUGGUGGGAUCCACCGAGUAUAUACGGUGGCACCAUAUGGAUAGCAGAUAUGCUUUGAAUCGAUUUGGAUCGCGAUGGAAGGAGACCUGGAGCGAAGCAUCUGUUGUGAGUGCAAAGAGCUCUGCGUCGGCAACAGGCAGGGUAAAGGUGUGGAAGAUCACGUUGAGUGUUUAUGGGUUCACAGAUAGUGAUGGAUAUGUAUAUAGUAAAGAGAAAGAACAGUCACCACAGCUCAUAGCGUUGACUCCGCUUCCUGAAGUAGAUGGUGAUGAUGCACCUAUAGGAACACCAAUGCUGAUUUGCGGUCCUACUCGUGCAGCUUUAGCUAGACACCAACUUUUAGUGCAAAACAAUGGACCACGCACACGAUACAGCUCAGACCAAGUACGUGUGGGUGCACCUGACUACUACAGCGAUGCUGUACCACAAGCUGUUGUACAGCAAUCAGAUGCACACAACGAAGAUGUACACAGCAACACACACUCUCUUACACACAGUGCUCUUGCACAACCAACUAUCACUCAUCAUACACCAAUGACACACGUACACACAGAACGUUUAGAAACAACACACGCUCACACAGCACGUGUAGACAACACCCACAUGCACACAGCACGUGCAGGCGAUAUACAGGCGCAUACAUCACGUGCUGACGGCACAGACGCACACACAGAACAUGAUGAGGACACAACCUCAGACACAGCACAUGCUGAAGACACACCCGCACAUACAACACAUACCUCACAACGGUAUCAACCAGCUGAUCUAAGUUCUACACUUGUGCCAGGCGAUGUGAGCAUUGUGAACUUAGCACGAACACUGUCACACUUAACAUUACAUCCUCACAACAUUGCACCGGAUGGUAUACAGCUGGCAGUGCAUAAUGCAGCUCCAGCCUCCGGAUCAUCAGCACAAACUAAUCAACAAGACGACACUCAACCAGAAAUUGACUUAGGAUUGGACUUGGGUUUAGACAACGAGACUCCGGAACAACAACACACACACAUGCACAUGGAACACUUGCACGCGCACACGCCACAUCUAACUCAUCAACGCAACAUGCCCGACAGCCACUUAUCACUCCAUCAAGCACCUAUUAUCAGACCAACAUCAAUUGAUGUCCAUGGGGUGGUUUGGAAGUGGAAGUCUGUUGAUGAGGAUGCCCGUCCAGUCGAGAGACUGGACUGGAAGGUCAUCGCCAACAACCAGACAUUCCGGCCUAGGGAUGGGAUAGCGCGUGAUGCGCUCUCUUACUUUUACGCCAUGUUUCCUCUUGGUCACUUAGAGGAAAUGUGCGCAUUGACAAACGCAACACUCACCACAAGCAAAGACAGGCGGUACGCACAUCAUUUAACACCAGGAGAGCUCCUCAAAUGGUUCGGCCAUUGGCUCAAUGGGGGCCUGCUCCAUUACGUGUCUAUGGAUCGGAAGCCGGAGUCCGGCUGUGAGAUCUGGACUGCUUGCUGCGGGAAGGGUCACUUUUUAUUAAAGUUGGAGCUUGUGCAGUCGGCGGACGCCAGCGAGAGAGAACAUGAAGCUGACCAUCAACAUGGUACAGCGACAACUCUGCGUUUGGUACAGAAGUACUUUGGCAGUGGACGUGCUAUCUAUGCUAAGAUGUUUCCCAUGAAGGUUCUGGGUCGCGAAGAACUGGCUGGAGAGGGACAUUGGUCCUCCAUGGUGACCACAGAUUCAGCUAAUAACCAGUAUAUCGCAUUGGUUUGGUCUGAUAGAAAUAGAAAGUAUUUCAUCAGCACUCAAAGUACUACUAAGCCGGGUACCACCAUCUCUCGUAUGAGAGUGAGAAAUGACGGCAACACGAUUGCAGCUAAAGAAGUGCGUUGCCAGCAGCCCCAGUUAGUAGAACAGUAUUUUAUAUACAAUGAUAUCGUCGAUAGACAUAAUAGACACAGGCAGGAUACGCUCAAUCAUGAGAAAAAGCUCGAGGUUAGAACCUGGCACAAACGCGUUGCUACCUCUUUGCUGGCUAUGUGCAUUGUUAAUGCUUUAUUGUUGUACAACGGGACUCGCACACCAACGGAGAAACAGGUUGAUCAACGAAACUACUAUAUGAUGUUAUCAAAAGAAUUAAUGAACAAUAAUUAUGAGGCACGUGUUAUACGUUCAGUUACAGCCGCAAUUACAAUCCGUCCAGAAGUAACUACUUCUGGGGUAGGCGCACAUGCAACUCCCAUCAAAGAAAUGAAACGAGAAAGGAGAAAGAAUAAGUAUGGGGAGGUUGUAGAAGGUUUGCGUGCUUAUCGGAAGUACUGCAAGUACAGUGGAUAUUUGAAGAAGAAAUGCCGUACUGGGGAUGAAUGUAGUAUGUGUGGUUUGUGUGUACACAAGGCCUGCUUCAUGGCACACCUCCGGGAAUCACAUCCCCACGACGAGGAUUGA